AUGUUUGGCAGCCGUAAUUUACUCACUGUGCUAGGAGCACUGCUGCCAGCAGCUGUAGGCCAAAUGGAUGGCUCUCGCUUCGCAUGGUAUACCUCCGCUGCUGGAGAUUUUGCAUCUGCUUUACCUAUCGGCAAUGGAAGAGUCGCUGGUGCUGUAUUUGGAUCUGCUAAUGAAAAGGUGACUUUGAAUGAGAAUUCAGUCUGGAGCGGACCAUGGCAGAAUCGUGGCAACUCCAAAUCUCUCGCGGCUCUACCUAACAUUCGAUCGCGCCUUCAAUCCGGCGACUUAACUGGAGCUGGAGAUCUCGUUCUUCAAAACAUGGCUGGUAACCCUACAUCACCAAGAGCCUACAAUCCGUUGGUCGAUUUGCUACUUGACUUUGGGCAUUCUAGCUCAAGCUUGACGUCGUACACUCGCUACCUGGAUACUUCUCAGGGUACCGCAUUUGUUACCUACAAUUCUGGUGGAGUUAAUUACACUCGUGAGUUCGUCGCUAGCUAUCCAGCUGGAGUCAUGGCUGUUCGACUGUCAGCUAGCCAAACCGGGAAACUCAACGUCAAUUGUGCUUUAUCCCGCACUAGCUGGGUGACCGAUCAACGCGCCACAAUUAGCAACAGCAUCGCGGGAUCGAAUGCAAUCAUUCUGAAAGCGAAUAGUGGCCAAUCGAGUGGCGCUAUAGCUUUCACUGCUGAGGCGAGAAUUGUUAACAGCGGUGGUACUGUUAGCAGUGAUGGAAAAUCAAUAUCUAUUAGUGGCGCCACGACUGUCGACAUCUUCUUUGACGCUGAAUCGUCUUACCGCUAUGCCAAUCAAAGUGCCUGGGAAGCAGAGGUGCAACGUAAAUUAGAUGCAGCGGUUAAUUCAGGCUACAACGCAAUCAGAAACUCUGCCAUUGCGGAUCACAGCAGUCUAAUGGCCAGAGUCAGUCUUGAUCUAGGAGUAGGCUCCAGUAGCAAUCAGGCCACACCCACCCGUUUGAGCAAUCACAAGAGCAAACCCGAAAACGAUCCUCAACUCGUUACACUGAUGUACAAUUUUGGCCGUCACCUCUUGAUUGCAUCAUCUCGCGAUACCGGUCCGUUGUCGCUGCCUGCCAACUUACAGGGAAUCUGGAACAAAGACUACAAUCCUUCUUGGCAGAGUAAGUACACCAUUAACAUCAACACGGAGAUGAAUUACUGGCCAGCCGAAACGUGCAACCUCCAAGAAACGCACAAGCCCUUAUUUGAUCUCAUUGACGUUGCCGUGCCUCGUGGGAAAGCUAUGGCUCAGCUCAUGUAUGGCUGCAAUAAUGGCGGCUUUGUGUUGCAUCACAAUAUUGAUCUAUGGGGAGAUGCUGCUCCUGUGGACUACGGAACACCUUAUAUGAUGUGGCCCAUGGGCGGUGCAUGGCUCUCACUUCAUCUGAUGGAACAUUAUCGGUUUACUCUCGACACAGCUUUCUUACGAAACCGUGCUUGGCCAGUCCUCCAAAGCGCUGCGAACUUUUACUAUUGCUAUCUCUUUGAGCAUAAUAAUUACUACAGCACGGGGCCAUCACUUUCCCCAGAAAAUACAUUCAUUGUUCCUUCAAACAUGAAAACGGCAGGUUCUACUGCAGGCAUCGACAUUGCACCUACAAUGGAUAACUCAAUGUUGUAUGAACUUUUUACCGCGGUCAUCGAAACUUGCAACGUUUUGGGUAUCACAGGCACUGAUCUGGCAAACGCCAAAAAGUAUCUGGCGAAGAUCAAGCCACCCCAAGUUGGAUCUAGAGGGCAAAUCCUCGAAUGGCGAAAUGAGUAUGCUGAGGCCGAGCCAGCGCACCGCCACAUGAGUCCCGUUUUUGGCCUCUUUCCAGGGUCACAGAUAUCGCCGCUGAAAUCCACCACUCUCUCAAACGCAGCUAUGGUAUUAAUCGAUAACCGCAUGAAAAGUGGAAGUGGAAGCACAGGUUGGUCACGUACCUGGGUCAUGAACCUCUACGCUCGUCUUUUCCAAGGCGAUAAAGUCUGGAGUAACGCCCAAGCCUUCCUGCAGAAGUUUCCAAGCGCCAACUUGUGGAAUACCGAUAACGGACCAGGUACGGCUUUCCAAAUCGAUGGAAAUUUUGGUUUCACUUCGGCUAUAGCGGAAAUGCUCUUGCAGAGUCAUGUUAUUGUACAUCUGCUUCCUGCUCUGCCAUCAGCUGUGCCUACGGGAAGUGUCAAAGGCCUUGUGGCAAGAGGGAAUUUUAUAGUUGAUAUUAAAUGGUCAAAUAAGGCUCUUACCAGUGCAACCAUCACUUCAAGGAGCGGGGGAUCUCUGGCAAUACGUGUCCAAAAUGGAGUGGCUUUUUCAGUUAAUGACGUUACGUAUACUGGCCCGAUUGCAACAAUAGCGUCUGGGGUAUAUACAGUCACACUUGGUGCUGGAGUCAGUUAA